AUGACUGCAGCCAGCACACCACCAGUAGAAGAACCACCCCAAGAUGUUGCUGCUGCUCCUACAUCAGGCAAUGGAGUGCCAGACUUUGUCAAGAAGCUCUAUAGGCAAAAUUACAGUCAUCAUUAUCCGAUGCUAGAAGAAAAAGAGCAUGAUCCCAUUGUUUCUUGGGGGAGGACUGGAGAGACUUUUGUUGUGAAAGAGCCGAAUGAAUUUGCAAAAAUCAUCUUGCCAAAGCAUUUCAAACACAAUAACUUCGCUAGCUUUGUUCGUCAACUCAACAAGUACGACUUUCACAAGAUCAAGACUACUGAAGAUGCAGAAAAACCUUAUGGCGAUCAGGCAUGGGAAUUUCAGCACCCAAAGUUUCAAGUUGACAAGCGAGACUUGCUGGAAAACAUCAAGCGUAAAACACCUAGUAACAAGAAGCUUGCCCCUCCAACAACGUCUAAUGUCAUGUCGGAUAGUUUGUCAACAAUACCAGAGGAAUACCAAUCGCAGAUUAAUCAGCUGCUUAAAAACCAGGCAAAGUUACAAGGAGAUUUGGCAGUGUGUGAGAACAAGAUAGAGAUGCAAGAGAGACUUAUCCAACGGCUACUUUCCCUUCUCGGUUACACAUGUACAGACGACGGUGCGUUGGUCAAAUCAGAGCUAACGGGAACGCAUGAUGUAUCAGAUGUGCUGCAAAGCGAGUCUUCAUCGCUAUCUAGAAAGUCAGUCUCCAGUUCGCAGCAAUAUCAACCAGAACAGCCGCAAUCACAACAAAGCCGACCUAAUAUUUCAGGACAGGAGCCAGCUCCUCAACAUAAUAAAAAUCAUAUGCAAAGCACCUCUACCGCCUCUACUUCCUUUAACUCGUCCCCGCCUCUAUCAUCUUCAUCUUCGUCCGCAUCUUCAUCUUCACCACCAGAAAUCCACUCUUCUUUACACUUGGGAAUUCCUCCCCUAACAUCGUCAUCUGCAUCUACAUCCAGCUCUAUAACCCCGAUCCAUCUCGCCAACAAUCAAUCUUCCGCAUCAAACCCCCUAUCUUCAGAUCCCUCAGUAAUGAGGUCAGCAUUGGUAUCGGUCUCUGAUAAUAUUUACUUUGAGUCUAAAUCAUCGUCAUAUGGAAGCCAGGAUGCCUACCAGCACUCCCUGAUGUGCCAAGAUCCUAACCUGGGAGUUACUAAUAUCACACUGAGCCAUCUGACAACCCAGAGACAGCAACAGGAUGAUUUAUCAGGAAACUUUACAUCUGGCAAGCCCACUGCUAAUAGAUCUAAUAGUAAGCAGCAGCGUAGUGUGAUUGCGAAGCAGAAACAACAGCGACAGAAAGAUCACCAGCAACAACAACAACAACAACAACAACAACAACAACAACAACAACAACAACAACAACAACAACAACAACAACAGCAACAGCAACAGCAACAGCAACAGCAACAGCAACAGCAACAACAACAACAACAACAACAACAACAGCAACAACAACAACAGCAACAACAACAACAACAACAACAACAACAACAGCAGCAGCAGCAGCAGCAGCAACAAUUCAUAUCCGACAUAGGCUCAAAUGACCCUAAUAUUACAGCUCAACGACCUAACAUGGUAAUCCCAAGCUGGGCUAUGCCGCCAAAAGUCUUGCUGGUUGAGGAUGAUGAUACGUGUCGACGACUUAGUUCACGCCUGCUGCAGAUCUUUGGCUGCCCAUUCGAUGUUGCGGAAGAUGGCAUGGCUGCAGUCGGAAAGAUGAGUCAUCAGAAAUAUGAUAUUGUUUUGAUGGAUAUCGUAAUGCCGAAGCUUGAUGGCGUCUCCGCGACAACGCAGAUUCGACGGUUUGACGCCAUGACACCUAUUAUUAGUAUGACAUCCAACAUUACAACUAACGACAUCCUAACUUAUUUUGCCAAUGGUAUGAAUGACAUCCUGCCAAAACCCUUUUCUAAGGUUGGAUUGCUCAACAUGCUAGAAAAGCAUUGUCAGCACCUUCGGUAUAUCAAACUCAGCCCCAGUGGUCUCAUAUCCGCCACCACAGUUAAUGGUGCAAGUGCUAGCUGUGGUCAGGAUACUAAUCGGUUACAAAUUCUGUAUCGAGGCAUCAGCGGUGUUGGUCCUGAUAUGAGCAACGAAAGUGGCAUUGUCAACGUCAAUGUUAAUGGGGAUAGGCAAAAUGGUGGAAGCAUCAUGGAACUUCCGCUGGCCGGAUUCCAGAAUGGAUCAUCUCCCUCGCACAAGGCUCUCCAACUUGUAAAUACUGAAAAAAGGAGGCUUAAUAGCACAGGCAACGGUUUAGGCAACGGAAGCGGGAUUAGCAAUGGCGAUCAGGACGAGUCUCAAAGAGAUGGGAUGAAUGCAGCAUUGGAUCUAGGGCUACAAUUGGGUAUAGGAGGUAUGUUGAUAGUGAGCGGUAUGGAUUCUGCGACUGCCGACGGUUCGAUGUUGUCCUCGAACAUACAACAACAGCAGCACUCGCAACAGCAGCAGCACCAUAUUCAAAUGAUAAAUCCUCAUCAUCACAGUAGUCUGUCCUCAACAACUUCAGGAUCUAGACCGCAUACAUCAAUACCUUUGUCCUUGCCAGGCUCAGUUGCUGCACCUUCUUCAGGGCUUAUGUCCCCGAUCGGCAGUAGGACUCCAUUCUCAUCCUCAAUGAUGACAUAUCCCAUUGUAUCAGCAAGCGUGUCUCCCAUCUCUCAGCAGCAUCCUUCUCAUUUGUCACAUCCACCAUCGUUCCAGCACUCUAUGCAUCCUCCAUCACAUCAGCCGUAUCAACAACAAGGGCCCACCAUGACUCUGCUUUCGAUCAGGCCUGAAGGUCCGAUCAUGAUGACUGCUGGUGGAGCUAUCGGAGAUCAUGGUGGGAUAGAUCUAAGCAAUUCUACCGAGCUUGGUGACACUAUGGGACUGAGAUUUGCUGCAUUUGGAGGUAUGGGAGCCGAUUUGACUGGAACUGAGGGGCUACGCGGCCGAAAGCGUGCUAAAAUCGAGGCGAUCGAGUAACCUUUAAUAUUUUUUACAUUGUUUUAUUUAUUUUUUUUGUUUCUAUUUCUAUACACUCUAUUUUGUAUUUUAUUUUAUUUUAUUUUUUUUUUGUCUUGCUUUUGCAUAUUAUGUUUCCUUGUAAUGUUAUUAAACGAAAGCGC